CUCUCGCAGACCCGUCGAGAAGCACCGCCACAAGAUGACAGACUGAAUGUACGGUGCAGCCCGAGGGGUCCUGCCCCGCUGCAGGUUACUGGAGAGCAGUCUGUGGCAUCGUAGACGUUCCCAGAAUGCCUGAUUUCACAAGACUCAUUUUGUUCUUGUUUUGCCUGACGGCUCUUGUGGAGAGCAGAAAGCCCAAGAGGAGGAGAUCGACUGGGCAGCUGGAAAUGACCAAGCCCAGUCACCUAUAUAAGAAGAACCUUGACGUGACCAAAAUCCGCAAAGGAAAACCUCAGCCGCUUCUCAGAGUGGAGGAUCAUGAUUUCUCCAUGAGGCCCGCCUUUGGAGGUCCCGCUAUCCCGGUGGGCGUGGACGUGCAGGUGGAGAGCCUGGACAGCAUCUCGGAGGUGGACAUGGACUUCACCAUGACCCUGUACUUGCGGCAUUACUGGAAGGACGAGAGGCUGGCCUUUCCCAGCACUAGCAACAAGAGCAUGACCUUCGAUGGCCGGCUGGUAAAGAAGAUCUGGGUCCCUGACGUCUUCUUCGUUCACUCCAAACGGUCGUUUAUCCACGACACCACCACGGACAACAUCAUGCUACGGGUGUUUCCAGAUGGGCAUGUGCUGUACAGCAUGAGGAUUACGGUCACUGCCAUGUGCAACAUGGACUUCAGCCACUUUCCCCUGGACUCCCAGACCUGCUCUUUGGAGCUGGAAAGCUAUGCGUAUACAGAUGAAGAUCUAAUGCUGUAUUGGAAGAAUGGGGAUGAAUCCCUGAAAACUGAUGAGAAGAUCUCCCUGUCCCAGUUUCUGAUUCAGAAAUUUCACACCACUUCCAGACUGGCCUUCUACAGCAGCACUGGCUGGUACAACCGUCUGUACAUUAACUUCACGUUGCGACGCCACAUCUUCUUCUUCUUGCUCCAGACCUAUUUCCCUGCCACCCUGAUGGUCAUGCUGUCCUGGGUGUCCUUCUGGAUCGACCGCAGAGCUGUGCCCGCCAGAGUUUCUCUGGGUAUCACCACCGUGCUGACCAUGUCCACCAUCAUCACGGGCGUGAACGCCUCCAUGCCCCGCGUCUCCUACAUCAAGGCGGUGGACAUCUACCUGUGGGUCAGCUUCGUGUUCGUGUUCCUGUCGGUGCUGGAGUACGCAGCCGUCAACUACCUGACCACGGUGCAGGAGCGCAAGGAGCGCAAGCUGCGUGAGAAGUUCCCGUGCAUGUCUGGAAUGCUUCCCUCAAGAACCAUGAUGCUGGACGGAAGCUACAGUGAGUCUGAGGCCAACAGCCUUGCCGGGUACCCGAGAAGCCAUAUUCUGACAGAAGAAGAAAGACAAGACAAAAUAGUGGUCCACCUGGCUCUGAGCAAUGAAUCCAACUCCUCCAGGAAGAAGGGGUUUCUGAAGGGCCACGUGGGUCUUCGCAUCUUCCAGAACACGCACGCCAUUGACAAAUACUCCAGACUGAUAUUUCCUGCCUCCUACAUAUUUUUCAACUUAAUUUAUUGGUCAGUGUUUUCCUAGAGGCCCCGAGGCCCUGCCUGGAAAAGGACAUAGAUAUCUACAGGGCCUGGCCAGCCGUCUGCAAUGGACCUGCUGACCAUGCUCCCCUCAGCAGAUGGAGCCGUAGCUCCUAGGCACCACGGCAGCGCCCCCUUCCUGAGGGGCCUCCAGCUGCCCUUCCCCUGACCUCGUGGGUUCGCUCCUCAUUAAUGCUGUGUUCUGUGUCCUAAUUCAUACCUCUCUGGGACUUCUUCUGUUCUUGUGUGUAAACAGGUUCAUAAGAGCGCCCACCCCUAUAAAAUGACUCAAAUGCCUCCUAGAUAUUCUGAGACCCUAAUGAAGCCUACAAUUCAGUUGUGAAGGGACAAGGAAGAAUAAAGGGCAAACUUAGAGGUUUUCUGGAUAGGAGAUGAGAAAUAGGAUUCAAAAGAGGAAAUUUUAAAAAACUGUAAACCCAUACCACUAGAUUAAGUGCCUACCUAGGAAGGAAAACAUGCUCAGGUCCCAGACAGGAAAUGAGACCUGGGUGAGUCUGGCAACUCUCGUGAUUUUUCAAUCCAUUCAACCACUCAUUAAAUAUUGAGUACCCACCCUGUGCCAGGUCCUGUGGAAAUGAACAAAUAGAAGUCUCUUUUCUUAGAGAAGUUCUCUAAGCCUGCACUCAUUCUGUGUAUGGCAGAGGGUACUUCCACCCUUCUCUCUCCCUCAACCCCCACUGAUCCCACAGAUCCAUUCUGUUUGCUGGUGCUUUUACUCCCUAGGUCUGUCUAGAAAAGCACCUCCAGUCUCUUAGGAGAUCCUUUUGAAGCCCACUUACUCCUUCUUUCCUGAAAUCUCCACGUAAGACAAGUCCAGUGCUGGGGAGAGGGCCAGGGACUUGAGAAUUGGUGAUAACAGAACUUCGUCUUGGGGAGGAAGGAGCCUGGGUCUGCUGUUGAAAUGUGUUCUGUAUGCCAUCCUACCUCUUUCCGAGCUUCUCCCCCAGCAGAUAGAUGUCCUUAAUGGUCCCUGUGUCCGAGCCCUGCUCCCCACCCCCGGAACUCUCUAACCAGAAAUGCCCCACACCCUCAAAUGGUUUCUCCCUUCCACAAGGUAGUGACUUUCCUCUAAUGUAGCUAAACUCAGAUUAGGGAAGCAAUCUGAUUAAUUGAAUCUACUGUAAGUCGUGAAUGACCAUUUCUCUUAACCCUAAUUUAGGUGUUUGCUAGUUAACUCAAGUGAACCCCCAAUUGGUAGUAUUUAUGGAAAGAUAAAGAACAUGAUUUUGAGAAGGGGGCCUUCGGUUUGCGUUAUAGCAUUUGGAACACUUGGAAUCAGAGGGCUGUUCUGGUGUCCAGCUCAGAGGUCUUGCUUAAUAAAAGAAGUUGUUCUGCUCUUUCCCUCUUACCUACUGCCCCUUCCACCUUCCUGCUCAGGGUCUGGAUGUCUGGUUCUUCGGUCACGAGUGUACGAAUGGUGCAGCAAAAGAGAGGAUAACCCUGCCUUAGGUCAGGUGAGCUCUGGCCCAUGCAGUCUGCUCCACAGCUCCUGCCUCCCAGGGGGCAGGGAUUUUUUAGUUCCUGAGGAUUAGAGCACAGGUGGGUACCAGAGCCUCCCGAAGUUUUAAGACAGGGGCCCGUAGAUGCCUGAUCCUCUCCCGGCUCACCACAACUGCCACCCAGUUGCCCUAUGCAUCCCAGUUUUUCCACUCUUUGCUCUCAGCAGUACCCCUACACCCCCAAACCUUGUGCGAUCCUGGUCCCAGACACCUCCUUGCUUCACCACUCCAUCGCCCAUGUGGAGGGCCAGACUCCCCUCUCUGGCUACCAGCCCUGAUCUGAACUGUGGCCUGCAGCCCACCAGCCCAGAGCUGGUGUGAUUGGGGCAGGGGUUUGAGGAGAUCAACUCUCAGGAGGACGGGCUCUAGGCAACAGCGUGGCACAAGUUAUCUCAGCAGUGGCCAGUUUGGGAAGGUCCCAAGACCACUCUCAGGUUUUAAUAAUUAACUGGGAGGACUCUCAGAACUCAGAAAAGCCAUUAAACUCAGGUUAUGGUUUAACGUGGUGAAAGGAUGCAGAUUAAAAUCAGCAAAGGAAAGCAGCCUUUACGGCAGGGUAUGGGAGAAACCAGGUAGAGAACUUAAACUUCAACUCUUAUCCAGUACAGCUGUGCAGUCAGUGCUGCUUUCUCCCAGCUGUGAUGUGUGACAAUAUGCACUAAGUACUGCCGACCGGGGAACAUACCCACAUCAGCAAGGUAUGGACGUGGGUCCAUCUAACUGCUUGCCUGGCUCGCCUUAGUUUCCAGCCCUUCCAGAGGCUGAGCUGACAACUCUUAGCCUAAGGCCUCCACCAUAAAUCACAUCAUCUGUAUAGACUAUCUGGUAUGGCCCCAGGCUUCCAGCUAAACAAAGACCCUCCUAUUAGAGCCUCCUCUAAGGGCUUAGAAAUGAUCUCCCAGAAGCUGAGGCCAUGGCCUGAAUCUUUUCUUUAGUCAAGGCUGAUUGUUCACUGCACAGCAAUUGUUUAUUGACAAUUGUUUAUUGGUGAUGUUGAUUGCUUUGCUGCUACUAUAGAUCCACGCACUAACAUCUUAAAGCAUCCCGGCACCAGAUGUCUGGAUCGAGAAUAGGAGAUAGUCCAGCUGUGGGAAAGGGGACUGGUAGAGAACAGGGUAUACAAAUACCUACAAAGUAAAAAGUGUUAAGCGCUACUGUAGUGGUUCAAAGUGUAGUGGGAGUUCUGGGGAAAGAACGAUUUCCACUGGGAAGAGAGGAUCUUGUGGAGAAAACGGCCCCUGAGGUACCCCUUGAAGACUGGAGAUUUCUAGAAGAUGUACAUGCUAGACAUACAUGUUGAAAAAGUACAUGCUACCCAACUUUUCAUUUCAGCUCAGAUCAUGAGCUCAGGGUGUUGAGAUGGAGCCCUGCAUCAGGC